GACAAGUAGCCCUCGCCAUUGGACAGUAAAGGCCUAUAAAAAGGACGAGGCCCGAUGAGGAUCUUUAAGUACUCCACAGCUUCACAGGUGAUUUCUUAGCACCCCCGAACGGACCCAGCUCCACACCCGUUCACUGCAGCCAUGUCUCGGAUGGGCUAUUGUCUCCUGCUUGCAGGCCUCGCAGGUCUUGCAUCUGCCGGUCCCGACUGCGACGCCAAGAAGUUGGACGCAUGCGCGGCCGACUUGUUCAUCUUCGGAUCCUCGGAGAAGAUUCCCACCACUUCGACGGAUCUUCAGACUUACUGCAGCAAGCAGCACAAAUCGGAGGCCUGCGCCCGCGACUACUUGAAGCGCUGCACGGACAGCAUCGCCCAGGGCAUCGGCAGUGUCUUCCUGGACGACAUCAAGGGCGAGAUCGAGGCCCGGUGCGAUGAGUCCACCACCUAUCACGAAGACUAUCUCAAGCACGCUCCGUGCCUGAACAAGGCUGGCUCUGGAUUCCACAAGUGUCUUCGCAGCCUCGUUGCUGACCUCGACCUGGCUUCCAAGCUUCCCAACAAGCAGAGGAUUGGCGGAGCAUGCUGCAAGUUCAACGUGUUCGAGCAGUGCGUGAGCAAGGCCGUCCAGGGCCAGUGCGACUCGGACGUGAUCGAGUUCGCCCAAGGAAUCGUCGACAAGUACGCCGGCGAGCUGCUCGGAACAGUGUGCACCGCCUACCGGUCGGGCGCCAAGUGCAAGAGCAUCGACUUCGGCUCGGCGCCAGGCGACAAGAGCCUCCGCUCCGUCCUCACGCCCCUCAUCCAGGUCUCCGCCGCCCUCGGCUAAGAUCA